UGUUAGUACACGGUGAACUGUAGGUCUCCUCAAGGUCAGUGGCGCACAAUAAACAUUGGCCAUUAUUCAACUCUCCAGUAUUGUCCUUUGUUAUUUGGAGAAAUCUAGUUAAUUAUCAAAGAAAAUCCAGUCUUCCUUCUCUGCGUCUCGAAUCCAGUUAGCAUUCGAACGAUCCUUGUCUCCCGAUUUGGGAGUUUUCUUAAAUUUGGGACCUAAAUACUAUGAGAAUUCGUAUUUUCCUGUAGAAUCCGAGGAAAUUUGAAGGGACCACCUCCCAAUCGAUAUAAAUUGUUUUGAUACAACUGCAGCAUAUACGCAGAUUUCUCUGUUCUAAUGUGGUCUUUAGUUCCUCGUUUGCUCUUUACUUUAUGUAGCGUCUAACCUAAUGUACCGAAAGUGCGCCCGGAAAAUGAAUCCGUUUUCCAUACUAAAUUAGUGCAGAUCUUUUUUUGUGAUUUCAGUCAUGAAAAUUGCUAAAGAACAACUUACCUACACUCCCAGCUACUGGUCUGUCACAAUUAUAACCAUUUCUACUGGCUAAGUGAAGAGAAUGUGUACAAGCUGUUAGAAUAUCUGAGGGAGUUCGGUAACUUACAGUGUGGAUACGUUGUAUUUUUGUCCAAUGUCAACAAAUCCAUUGGUUUGUUCGCCCAAGUAAAGGGAGAUCCUCAAAUGGACCAUUUCAUCAUAUGGGAUUACCACGUUUUCCUCAUAUACGACGAUAUGUCCAAUUACUGGGUUUAUGACUUUGACUCACUACUGCCGUUUCCCACCCCAUUUGUCCAGUAUCUAACACACGGACUCCGGCAGAACACCGUUCUUCCAGAAGAACUACAUAGGUCCUAUCGCGUUAUCCAUGGCGUCGACUACCUAAAUCACUUUUCAUCAGAUCGUAGUCAUAUGCAGCGUGAGGAUGGCAGCUGGAUAGCACCACCACCAACUUAUGGAUGUAUACGUGGACAGAGUUCAAGUUCGUUACAUACUUUACCCUUCUACUGGGAUAUGACAUCUAAUAUAGUUGAGAACUUAUCACUGACGGGCAGUGUUUAUGGAACUGUUUUAAGUGAAAGCGAGUUUUUCAAAAAAUUCUCUGGUGUUUAGCUUAUUAUCAUAACCAUUUCAUUUUAUUGACUACAACGUUUCCUUUCAGUUAACACGAAAUAUGUUUUAGUUCUUUUUACCUACUUCUUCCAAAACAUCUUUCUAAUAUGUUAGCAUUCCAAACAAUAGUAAGCUAGUUUGCACUUUGUGACUUACUUUUCAAUGUACAUCAUUGCGAUCAAAACUGUUCUUUUGCUUCCAGUCA